CAUCUUCAUCCGAGCGCUCUUCUUCCUGUACUGAUCGGCGUUUGGCGGCACAUGUGCAGUAGGAAGCAUUUGCUGGUUGGAUCUACUGCGCAUGCGACAGAAUUUCACGAAGUUUCCUAUUUCUUUUUUCGGAAGCAUUGUGACUUUUGGCGCAUGCGCAGUAGAUCCAACCGGCAAAUGCCUCCUACUGCGCAUGCGCUGCCAAAUACAUGAAGAAGAGCGAUCGGACGAAGAUGGCGCCCGUGAACUCAGCAAGAGAGGACCUGCAUGGAGGGGUGACUAACAAGUUAGGGGCAUUUGCCCGUGGGGGGGGAGGGGUUUUGCGCCGAAAGGGCUUCUUUCUCCGUUAACUAUAUGUGCACAGAGAUAGCGAUCAAUUUGAAAAAUUUGACAGAAAAUUUCUGUCGAUUUUGACGUAUCUACAGAUGUUGCUCACGCAUUUUUACCAUAACAGAUCUGCUCAGCAACUAAAUGGCUCAGGAAGUACCAAGCGAUAUGACUCAGUGGUCUAACAAAAGCCCACUGGAGUGGCAAGACUACAUAAACAAAGAAGUAAAAGUCUAUGCUGAUGAGAAGAAUGAUUACCAGGGGUGGCUUGUAACAGUGGACCCGGUUUCUACAAGUAUUGUGCUGGCUAAUUUCCAAGAAGACCAGGAAACAUUAAUUCGGGUGAUCAUGGGGCAUGCAGUGCAAGAAGUACAAGUGGUGGAUGAAGCAGAUGAAGCAACCAAAGACAGACUUGCUCAUCUCUUUACCCCCAGAGAAACAACAAGCCCCUACUGUAAAGAUGAUUUGGAAAAAAAGAAGUUAAGUUUAAAGAACUGGCUGGAGCAAAACAACAUCCCUGUAUCUGUACAAGGAGAAUCCUGCACAGUGCUGUGUGUGGCUGGUGUGUUAACAAUUGACCCACCUUAUGGACCAGAAAACUGCAGUAGUGCAAAUGAAAUCAUUUUGUCUCGUGUCCAAGGACUUCUACAAUGGUUUCUUAAUAACCAAGGAGAAACCAGGCUUACUUCACACUAGCCUUCUCAGCAAGACUUACUUUCUGAAAGAUUCGGGUGCAUAGUUUUUCCUCCAUUUUUAACUUUACCUGAAACAUACAGGCAGUUGAAAUAGUUGUUGUAGCCAUUUUGUUGAAAGGAAUGAAUUGAAUGGUAAGAAAAAUCUGACAAAAACUCUCUAUUAUACGUGCAUAAUCUUCCUGUAGGCGUUUCACUAUAUAUUAGCCCUUUGCAAUUUAACCCUUUGUAUCCUUGCUUAAUUUAUCCUGCUCCCAUUUGCUUUUGCACCCUUGCCAUGUAUCCAUAGUGGAACAAGUGGAAACCGAGGAGACAGUUGGAGACAGAGAUAUUUAAAAAAGGGAGCAAUGCCCAAGGCACAUGAUAGUCUUGGUGUGUAACAGAAAAAAUACAGAUGCAGAUCCUGAUGCCACAGUAAUAAAGCCAGUGAAUCUGCUCAUGCAAUGCUCACAAGGGAGCUGUGGACAAAGAACAAGAGGAGUAUAUGGCUAAAGCAAAAAGGAAAGCGGGAUGCUGGCUGGAAUCCUGAGCAAGAUUUGCAUCCAUCAACAGCCAGUCAACUGGGACAAUGAUGAUGAUUAAUAAAGAUUUAUCUGGUUGCCUAA